AUUCCUUAAACCCCAAGGACAACAAAAUCAACCCUCAAGAACAAACAAUUACUUAUCGCAAAAGCACUUCCCACUACAAGUCCAUCCACUUCUCCAAAAUCUUUAAUACGUCGUCGUCGUCCAUGGUGAAGCAGACGAUUGGGAAGCCCUCCGAGCGAAACGACAUCAAGUACAAGGGCGUCCGCAAGCGCAAGUGGGGCAAAUGGGUGUCGGAAAUCCGCCUCCCCAACAGCCGGGAGCGAAUCUGGUUGGGAUCCUACGACGCGCCCGAAAAGGCAGCGCGUGCCUUCGACGCGGCCCUCUUUUGCUUGCGCGGCCACACUGCCAAGUUUAAUUUCCCCGACAACCCGCCUGAGAUUUCGGGGGGAAGGUCCCUGAGCGCGGCCCAGAUCCAGACAGAGGCGGCGAGGUUCGCGAAUUCGGAGCUUCCGAGGAGCCACCAGUCGAUGUCGGAGUUUCAGGCGGAGUCUCAGUCGAUGUCGGAGUUGCAGGCGGAAUCUCAGUCGAUGUCGGAGUUGCAGGCGGAGUCCCGGUCUCCGUCCGUGUCGGAGGGGAGUGGGACCGUCUUCGUGGAAAGCGAAUUUCUAGUGACUCCAAACGAUUCGUUUUCGGACCCUUUUAGCACAUUCGGGUCGGGUAAUUACGCUACGGAGUACGGGUUGUUUGCGGGUUUUGAUGAAAUGAACUAUCAGUUUUUCAGUCCAGCUGCGGCGGUGCCAACGCCGGUCGUUGAUUACUACGCGGAAGAGAACUUGGACGGUCAGUUUUUCAGUCCGGCCCAGGAGUCUUUCCUCUGGAAUUUCUAGAGACGUACAGAGUACAAAUUAACGUUAUUUUUUUUCUUUAAGGGAAACAAAUUUAAAUUCAAUUAAAAAACGAAAACGAUUCAAAUUUUUUAACGGGUCGGAGCCCCGGACAGUUUUUGUUUCUGGAGCUUUAUUAAAAACCCGGAUUAUGGGUGAACCGAUUUUUGUGCGGCCAUCCCCUUGAUUGAAUUCGUUGUUCAUGUUAUAGAGUUUUAUGACCAUUGUAUUUCUUCAUUGAAACUCGUGUGUAACAAAGUGACCGCGUUGUUACCCAACUAGUUCAGCUUA